AAAAUUUAUUGGGUUGCAAAACAUCUAAAUUUUUGACUGAUCUGAUUAUAAUCUACUUUAUAAGAACCCGUGACAUAUCGCAAGUUGCCCAUCUCCACUGGCACUGUAACCUCAAAAAAUGUUUUGUUUACUUUUGCGGCGAUCCGCAGUUCAUAAUUCCUGCAAAUUAAUUAGUAAACAGAUAGCCAAGCCCGCGUUUUACACACCCCGAAAUGCUCUUCACACCACAAUACCACGGCGGCAUGGCGAGUUCGAAUGGCAGGAUCCCAAAUCCCCGGAGGAAAUCGUAAACAUCACGUAUGUGGACAAGGAUGGAAAACGCACCAGGGUGCAGGGCAAAGUGGGCGACAAUGUCUUGUACUUGGCCCAUCGCCAUGGCAUCGAAAUGGAGGGCGCCUGUGAGGCUUCGCUGGCCUGCACCACCUGCCACGUUUAUGUCCACUACGAUUUCCUCCAGAAGCUAAAUGAGGCAGAGGAAAAGGAGGACGACCUGCUGGACAUGGCGCCUUUUUUGCGCGAGAACUCCCGCCUCGGUUGCCAGAUUCUACUGGACAAGAGCAUGGAGGGCAUGGAACUGGAGCUGCCCAAGGCCACCAGGAAUUUCUACGUCGAUGGGCACAAGCCCAAGCCCCACUAACACCAUUGUUAUCACAUAUUAU